AUGUCCAUCAAGGCCAAGAUGCCCAUAUGGGGUCGCAUUUUGCCUCUUAGACACCAAACUUUGCCCCCAUCGCUUCCCCAUCGCCGGCCGGCGGCCUGCCAGGAUGUUAACCCGCGCGUCUCACUGGACCGUUCGAACUUCGAAGUUGAUCUGGUGGAUGCAAGACCUCUGGAGCCAUCCAGGUUGCCAGCCACUAAUCCCAAAGCAGUUAGUCAUGACACCGUACCACGCCUUUUUCGUACCCUCGGUGUCACCCAUGAAACGUGUGCGGCGCCUCGGCUGAGUCCGAAAACCAGUGACUCCAGGCUUUUUGGUUUUCUCUGUGUUCUUUGA